GUUUCUCAGGACAGGUGUGGAAACUGCCCAUUUGGCUCUCGUCCUGCCCGGUGACUGGAGGUGCCUGGUCAGGCCUGGCAACGUGGCCUUGAGGCAUGGACGUUGGCCAGAUUCUCCCACACGCUACGGAAUGGAGGAAUACUCAAGGGGCCCUUGCAUCUCCAUUUUAGGACAGUCCCAGAACAAUCCUGGGGAAGCUGCCACAGAACCGGAGAGGACCCAGGAGCAUUCUCUGUCUAGCUUUGCGGGAGGCCAGCACUUCUUUGAAUACCUUCUUGUUGUUUCUUUAAAGAAAAAGCGUUCAGAGGAUGAUUAUGAACCCACAAUCACCUACCAGUUUCCCAAGAGAGAGAACCUGCUUCGGGGUCAGCAAGAGGAGGAGGAAAGGCUGCUCAAGGCUAUCCCUCUGUUCUGCUUCCCUGACGGGAAUGAGUGGGCGCCACUCACAGAAUAUCCCAGGGAGACCUUCUCAUUCGUCCUGACCAACGUGGAUGGGAGCAGGAAGAUCGGAUACUGCAGGCGCCUCCUGCCUGCCGGUCCUGGCCCUCGCCUCCCCAAAGUGUACUGCAUCAUCAGCUGCAUCGGGUGCUUCGGCUUGUUCUCCAAGAUACUGGAUGAAGUGGAGAAGAGGCAUCAGAUCUCCAUGGCUGUCAUCUACCCAUUUAUGCAAGGUCUCCGAGAGGCAGCCUUCCCUGCCCCAGGAAAGACUGUCACCCUUAAGAGCUUCAUCCCUGAUUCAGGCACAGAGUUCAUCUCACUGACACGACCCCUAGACUCUCACCUUGAACAUGUGGACUUUAGUGCCCUGCUGCAGUGUCUCCAUUUUGAGCAGAUUAUUCAGAUCUUUGCCUCUGCGGUGCUGGAAAGAAAAAUCAUCUUCCUGGCGGAAGGUCUCAGUACCCUGUCUCAGUGUAUCCACGCUGCAGCUGCCCUGCUCUACCCUUUUAGCUGGGCACACACAUACAUCCCUGUGGUUCCUGAGAGCCUGCUGGCCACUGUCUGCUGCCCAACCCCCUUCAUGGUUGGCGUACAGAUGCGCUUCCAGCAGGAGGUUAUGGACAGUCCCAUGGAAGAGGUCCUGUUGGUGAAUCUUUGUGAAGGAAACUUCUUAUUGUCGGUUGGUGAUGAAAAAGAUAUCCUACCACCCAAACUUCAGGAAGACAUCUUGGAGUCUCUUGGUCAGGGGAUGAGUGAGUUAAAGACUUCAGAACAAAUCAAUGAACAUGUCUCAGGCCCUUUUGUGCAGUUCUUUGUCAAGACCGUGGGUCACUACGCCUCCCAUGUCAAACGGGAGGCCAGUGGGCAAGGCCACUUCCAAGAACGAUCCUUCUGCAAGGCUAUUACCUCCAAGGCCAAGCGGCGAUUCGUGAAGAAGUUUGUGAAGACACAACUUUUCUCCCUCUUCAUCCAGGAAGCAGAGAAGAGCAGAAACCCUCCUGCAGGCUAUUUCCAAAAGAAAAUACUUGAAUAUGAGGAGCAGAAGAAACAGAAGAAAUCAAGAGAAAAGACUGUGAAGUAAAAGCUGUGGUGAACAAGUGUUGUCUAGAGCUACAGGCCAACUUGGACUUUGGCCUUUCUGGUGUCACAGGAUCAGUGCAGCUCUUGCCCUGGAAUCCAUGGCCUCCUUCCAACUGAAGCCCAGUCUUGCUUCAUCCUGGUGUCUGAGUUUGGGAUCCUUGGUGUCAUGGCUAAUCAGAACUUUGGAAGCAAAGCUGCACUUCUAGACAGUGGGAGACAGCAGUACAGCAGUACAGCUCAUGUGGGCACUUGAUUAGUAGUUGCCACCGCUUCUGUUUC